ACUCGAGUUUUACUUCAGUACCAACCACCAACGCCAACCGCCGACGAACGACGAACAAGUCCAGUCCGGUUCAAACAUCCCGAGUGUGCACACGCCUUUGAGAUUGAUCCUUGUGACACUUGAAUAAUCUUUGUUUCAUCCCUCGUUUUAUUUCUUUAUCGAAUCGUGGUGAUAAAACAAACUCGACUCGUUUAUAAAUUCUUUAUUCUAAUUAUCCGCGAAAUAUUUUUUGGCUGAGUUUUGUUCGUUUAUUGAUUUUGCUGAUCAUCAACAUGCCUUUCUAUUCAGAUUUUUUGGCAAUGGAAGUUGAUGAAACAGUUAGCCAGCCACAAACAAACUGUUUCAAGUAUCAAUCAAAUGAAGAAUUCCAUGAAAAAUUUGAUUAUCAUGUCUCAGAAUCAGGAUGGAGUUCUUCGAAUCCAUCGUCACCCGAAUCACCAAAUUUGAACAGAAACUUUUAUAAACGCAAAGGACAGGAUCACUCGAGAGAUACAUACAGAACAAACUAUGCACAAAAAUCACCAAAAAACUCAGGAUUUUAUUCUCCAGGUUCAUUCACUGGAUCGAUGAAUUCACCAAAUUCGUCGUUGGAAAAAUCUUUUAUGAGAACAGGACAGCAAAGUACACCGUGCAAAGAAAAUCAGUUUUUUAUUGGACUCAAACCAUCAGAACGUAUUAGUUACAUUCGAGAAAUCCUACCUGUGCAAAAUCAGUCAGGAUAUACCUCACGUUCUAAAUGGGAAUCGAUGGCUCCACCCAAGGCACCUCUACGUCGUCCUCACAGUCCAUCAUCUCAUCUUAUUUGGUAAGCAAAAAAUAUUAGCAGAAAAAAUUUUUUUCUGUUAAAAUGCAAUUGAAAUUCAGUUAUUAUAAAGAUAACUAAUUUUCAGUUGUAAUUAAUAGUACAUACUAUUAAUAUUUUAUUGUCGUCAAAUCUCUUGCUUUAUUCUCUGAUGCUAUGCAUCAGAUUUGAAUUAAGGCAACAAGAGAAUUUAUAUUUGUAUGGCAAUUAUCUAAUUAUUAUAAUGCGUUAUAGACAUUCAUCGCAAUUUGAUUGAAAAAAAUUACUUAUAUUGUCAGUUUUGAUACUUUAUUACAUUUAACAAUGACAAAAUUAAUUAUAUGUUUCUUAGAAAAACUAUAGUUCAUUAUAUACUUAAGAGUAUUCAUAAAAGUACAGAAAUUCCAUACCGAAUGCGAAAGACUUGAUAAAUGUUUUAAUCUUUAGGUGAUAUCAAUCAUUUUAAUUAAAAAUAGUUUCUAUGUGAGUGUUUAAAACUUUAGGGUAUAAUUACUAAGGAUUUUAUAUUUAUAAGUAAAUAUGUCGUUUAUAAUUACGACAAUGUCUGUCUUAUUUUAAAGCGUUUAAGCAAUUGCGAAAAAAAUUAUUAAUAAUUUUUUUUUAUUUUUUGCUAAAUUAUAAUCACUUACACCUUACACGUACAAAAAUAAUGUAAAAAUUACAUAUGCAAAUAGUUUAAGUAACAU